UGUCUAGGCGUACACCAGAAGUGGGACGUUUGCGUGCUUGCCCAGCUCCUCUUCGUAGAGCCUUUUAUUAAUUACCAUGAAACCCUCCUCAUGCAGCCUCACUGAAAUUCAGCAACAGAUAGAUGAAGUCAUUCGGUUUCUAUCUAUAACUCUUAAUAUUGCUAAUGCCCACACCGUGGAGUUUUACACUCACGACGUGUGGAAACGGUUCGUGGCCGUAUCACCGGAGGACGUUCUGUCAGCUGUAGGUUCCGGUAACGACCAGCAGAGGGAGCCACAGCACAGGCGGAGUGAGCAGCCCAGCACCACAUUUGGGUUUUGCAAUGAUACAAAGCGACUGAUUGACACCCAGGAACUUGUGCAGGCAGCUAAAGAGCACUCUCUCCCCGGCCUUGGACUCUGCAUGAGCCGGGAGAAGCUACUGCAGGGCCUCAGGGACACCAGGUCCGAGUCUGGUACUCCAGAGGAGACAGUGGCUGCUUUUGAGCCAGAUGAGUUUAUGACUUCUAAGAAAUCCCAUGAAGUCCAGUCCAUGUCUGAGGUGGUGGCCUGCCUGGCUCAGCACUGUGGGGUUAAUCAGGUGAUAGAUGUAGGCUCAGGGAAGGGCUACUUGAGCUCCUUCCUCUCUCUUCAGUAUGCCCUUCGGGUGUAUGGCAUUGACUCCUCUAGCACCAACACCCACGGUGCUCAGGAGAGGAACAGGAAGCUAAAGAAGUUCUCGAAAGCAUACCAGAAACACACCAAAGCAGCAAGGACGCAAGCAGAGGCCACACAUUCGCCUCAGGAGGAGUUAAUAGAAAAAAAAACUGGGCUGAAUGGAGACGAAGAUGUUUUAUCUGGUAAUGGGCCAAGAAUUCGGUCACAAGAGGAGGAGAGGGUGUUAACAAGCUCAUCAGACAUCAACCCCGCAGUGCAAGGACAUUCAGAGCAAAACCCAGUAACAGAUGAGCUCUUCCUGAGUGCUUUAUCCGUGGAUGUAAUACAGCCUGCUUCCCCCAGAGUUCCCCCAAGUCAACUCAGUGCUGAGGAAAGAGAGAGGAGGAAGAGAGAGAACCUAGAGAGGAAAGCUCAGAGCAGGGCCGACAGCACCGGAGCUGUGUUUUCACCUCUCACAUCUUACGUUACUGCAGAAACAGAGCUCCGAGACCUCAUCAAUGAGCUGGAGGAUGCAGUUAUGGUUGGCCUGCACACUUGUGGCGACUUGGCUCCCAGCACGCUGAGGAUGUUUGUGGCUAAACCGGAGCUAGCCGCAGUCUGCAGUGUGGGCUGCUGCUAUCACCUGCUGUCUGAGGAGUUUGACCCUGCCGGACAGGAGUGUUUACAGAGUGUGUGUGGUUUCCCUCUGAGUCAGUACCUCCGUGACCAAUCCUGCUUUUGUGGCAGAAAUGCCAGGAUGUCAGCAUGUUUGGCACUGGAAAGAGUUGCACUUGGCCAAGGGAUUCAGAUGGAAUCUCUGUUCUACCGAGCAGUCCUUCAUGUUAUUCUGAGGGACCACUACAGCUCCUAUAAAAGUGAAAAGCGAGUUGGGAAUGUUUACUCCAAGGCAAAGUCAUUUGUGGACUACGUUCGGCGAGCUCUGCGCAGACUGGAACUGGAUGAAUCAAAGCUCUCUGACAGCGACAUCCAGGAUUACCACAACACAUACAGAGUGCGAAUGGAUGAGAUGCAUGCUUUUAACAUGCUGAAGGUGACCCUUGCUCCCUGUAUUGAAGGUCUGAUUCUCCUCGAUCGCCUCUGCUAUCUGAAAGAACAGGAGGACGUGUCAUUCUCUGCACUGGUGCAACUGUUUGACCCCCUGUUGUCUCCCAGAUGCUAUGCUGUCAUCGGACUCAAGAAUGAUGGAAAAAGAACUACAAGCUGAGGAACUCGAACAUAUGCACAUAAUACAAUGAUUCAAGGGUCAUGUUUAUACAUGAACGAAGCAGCAAUCACGCUUUGAAAGUGAUUGUAUUAUGUAUGCAUUCCCAACUGUUUGUUUUAACUGCAACAUUUCAUCUAGAUUGAAUCUUUUUUUAAUGUUAUCUCUAUUUGUGGAACACAUGGUGUUACUUUUAAAUGAAAAACUAUCUGAAAUAUUUCUACUUCUCUGGUCUUGGCCUUGGGUUCUUCUCAGAGAUCGAACCCAUGCUCGAAACACCUGGAAAAACUGCCUUUUCUCUUUGAUAGCAUACUAUGUAUUGCAUCCUUUUAACAUGUUUUUAAAGACUGUUUAGGGGGUUUGAAGCACUAUGGGGUUUAGAGUAACCAGGGUCCCCUCAGCAGGUCUGGAAACUCCAUUUCUAGAACCCCAAACCAGAGGAAGUAGAGGAAAAGACAGGGCAUGUGGUGCCCUUGUCUCCAAUCUUAAUAUUUACUUUUUUUUUAAAUUUACCUCUGCCUCUGUCUUGGCUGUUUAAUAAAUAAUAUUCUUUGUACAUGUUUGAAAAUUAACGUAUGUGGGGUUUUUUUGUUUUUUUUUAGCACAUAUCUCUUCUUCUGACCUUUCUCUGUAAAACCCAUAAGAUGGUUGUGUGUGCAAAUUCCAGUAGAUCAGCAGUUUCUGAAAUAUUGUGACCAGCAAUCAUACCACAUUCAAAAUCACUUAAAUCACAUUUCUUUCUCAUUCUGAUGCUCAGUUUGAACUUCCGGUCAUAAAGACCAUGUUUAAUUUUUUUUAGUUGCUACAGUGUGAUUGGCUGAUUAGAUAUUUGCAUUAACAAGCAGUUGAACAGGGAGUGUAUAGUUAAUAUGGUUAUUAUAGAAAUAAAACAUUAAAUUAAUGAGAAACUGUUUAGCUGCCAGGUUAAUGGAUGACAGCUUCUUACUAUAUGAAUAAAAUAUUUAACUGGUUAAAAUGUUAAACCUCUGUCAAGUGCAAAACUUGACCAUAAAUAUUGUCAAAAUAACCGCUUUUGUAGUGUUAGUUUAUCUAACAAGGCUGCAGUUGAAUAAAUAAAACAUAAAAGUGUUUGGAAACAAUAUUGUCUUCCUAAAUAAUGAGAAUUAGUUCUGUCAAGUUGUAUUCCGCUUUGCGCAAAAUCCCACCACUGAGCCAGUAAUGAGUAUGUCAGCUGUGUGUGUGAACAUUUUCAUUAAAGCUAGGUAGUAAAUUAUGGAGACUGAACAAACGUAGCCUGAAAGUAAGGAAAUAGGCCAUAGAACACUUUCCCACUGUGCAGCACUGGUGCAAAGCAUUUCUUCUGUUUUCUCCCACUGCAUCUACUAUUUGUCACUGUAGCCACAGCAGCCUGCACAUCUGUUGGC